ACUGGCACGAAUGCAACUGUAGCAACAAACCUAUGUUUGAUUUCCAAACUACUCGCUUUGACAUCAGAGUAUGCACAUUUUGUAGAAACGAUAUGCGCGCGGCGCUUGAAAUCUAAACCAGAUGUAGUAAAUGGAAUAAGAUCCUCUGACCCGGGAGUGCUCAUAAAUAAAUCAACUAUGAGAGAAUGAAGGGCGAGCGGGAGGGAGAGCAUUUGCUCAACUGGUGUCAGGCACACCUCUGUGACUCUCCAAAAAAGCAAAAUGAAUGUGUAGCAGUCACUGAUAAUCUGAUACUGUCUGUGCAGUUCUAUCCAGCUGGAUAUCUCCUCAAAAUCUCCAAGCACGCACAGUCCUUUGUCGCUGUAGCAAAAGAAGGGCGCUGAUUUCACUAUUCUCUGGCAUUCCUAGGCGAGUCGAGCGGAGAGGGAAAAACUACCAUCAAGCAAUUUGUAAAAGCCAGACCCGUGGCGUCAUUGGCUGCUGCUGUAUAUACUGUGCGUAAUACCACGAUUCUUCUGCCUCAUUUAUUCACAGCUCAUUCUCAAGUUGCUCUGUGGCUCCCGAACACUGAAGUCAAACCAAACCUAUUCGUUCAAGACUGGUCUUCACAACAUCAUGCGUGUUUGUUCGAUUUAUGUUAGUCUCGCACACGGAUUAGGAGGUUUUGUGCGAGACGUAUUACAGACAAAAACAUUGUUCUCCACUCGUCGCUGGACUGAUGGUAUUGUGAAAAAGAAGGUACUGUACUCCCCCUACACUACUUCUGUAGAACACUGUCUCCAAUUUUACGCUGGAAAGGAAUCCUCCCCUCCUUAACAGAUGUUGCCGGAGAGUGUUUUCUAUUCGCAACAUAGUGUGUAGCGCAGAUGUUGCCAGAGGAACGUAUGCUUCGGUGUACUUUAUCGGGCAGAGCACGUCCAGCUAAUCUCCGUUUACAUUGGCCUUUACUCUUGAAGAUACCCAAGAGUUCCCGUUGUGUCGGCUGUGCGUCAUCGAUGCCUGAUUAGACUUGUAGUCUGACGUCGCCGAGCACCAUUCAAGCAAAAUACCUCACACAAUGUUGAAAGUCUAAAAUGAUUUUUUAACGCAUCCGGGAUGACGAAAACCACUUUUUUUCUUUCUUAUAUAGAGGUGGAUCAACAAGUUGCCUCCAGUGCGUAAUUUCCAUCUGAGUAGGUCUGAAGCGUAAUCCGUAAUCCACACGUGAUCGACAAAUCACUCCAGCUGCAAAUAUUUCUCAUUUGACAAGGGAAAUAAACCCCGGACGGACGUGGAGACGCAUCUUGUGUGAUUACGGCGGGAAUCAAGAGCUGACGGGCCUCUUGUUUCGCUGCGUCUCCAGAUGCUCGACUGGCCGCCACAUGGUAACUUUGCGCACACAGCACGCUGCAAAGGGCACAUAUAGAGAAGGAAUCUGAAUGAACGGGACUGAGAUUUAUUCGCAUUUCUCUUAUCGCCACCCCCAGACUGUUGUAUGUGUAUUAUACCCUGCCGGUUGAAGGUGUCUCACGUUGUCAGCAGAUAUCAAUUCGGCGGUGGAUAUAUCAAUCACCCGAACAGUGAGCAGCAAAUGUCGAAGAAACGGAAAAGUCCUGAUGACCAGGACUUUGAGGACUAUCCGCCUGCAGGAACCAGCGACCAAGGCUUGACAGAUGAGAAAGUGAAGGCCUACCUCUCGCUGCACCCGCAGAUUCUGGAUGACUUUGUGUUGGAGAGUGUGAGUGCAGAGACGUUGGACAGAUGGCUGAAGAGGAAAACCAGCAGCAGGCCUGCAGAUGACACAUCCUCUAAAGAAGUCAGCAGGUACCAGGACACAAAUAUGCAGGGUGUGGUGUACGAACUCAACAGCUACAUAGAGCAGCGCCUGGACACUGGAGGAGACAAUAAACUCCUGCUCUAUGAGUUGUGCAACAUCAUCAAAACAGCAACUAAAGCUGAUGGAUUUGCACUUUACUUCUUGGGAGAAUGCAACAAUAGUUUAUGUUUAUUCACUCCAACGGCGGCCAAGGAUGGGCCUCCAUCCCUCAUCCCCUCUGGCCCCAUCGCAUUUGGGACAACCAUUGCCGCUCAUGUUGCCAAGACUCGCAAAACACUGCUAGUAGAGGACGUCAUGGGGGACGAGAGAUUCCCCGACGGCACAGGGCAGGACUCAGGGAUCCAUGUUCACUCUGUCCUGUGCCUCCCCAUCGUCACUGCCAUCGGGGACCUCAUUGCCAUCGUGGAGCUUCACCGGCACUGGGGCAAGGAGCCCUUCAACCUCAGCCACCAGGAGGUUGCUACAGCUAAUUUAGCAUGGGCAUCAGUUGCUAUUCAUCAAGUGCAGGUGUGCAGAGGCCUCGCCAAACAGACUGAGCUCAACGACUUCCUACUAGACGUGUCAAAAACAUACUUUGAUAACAUUGUGGCAAUAGAUUCUCUACUUGAACAUAUUAUGAUAUAUGCAAAAAACCUGGUGAAUGCAGACAGGUGUGCACUCUUCCAGGUAGAUCACAAUAACAAAGAACUAUACUCUGACCUGUUCGACAUUGGGGAAGAGAAAGAAGGCAAACCUGUCUUUAGGAAAACCAAAGAAAUUAGGUUUUCUAUAGACAAGGGAAUAGCUGGCCAAGUGGCUCGGACAGGGGAAGUCUUAAAUAUCCCAGAUGCCUAUGCAGACCCACGGUUCAACAGAGAGGUGGACUUGAAAACUGGCUACACCACGCGGAACAUUCUGUGCAUGCCCAUUGUGAGCAGGGGGACUGUUAUAGGUGUGGUGCAGAUGGUGAACAAGUUAAGCGGAAGUGCCUUCACUAAAACAGAUGAGAACAACUUUAAGAUGUUUGCUGUCUUUUGUGCUCUGGCCUUACACUGUGCAAAUAUGUACCACAGGAUCCGACACUCUGAAUGCAUUUACAGAGUGACGAUGGAGAAACUGUCUUAUCACAGCAUCUGCACAUCAGAAGAAUGGAAGACCCUCACCCAGCUCAACCUCCCUGCACCUAUUUAUAAAGAGAUUGAAAUGUUCCACUUUGACAUCAGUCCCUUUGAGGAGAUCUGGCCUGCCAUUUUUAUCUACAUGGUUCAUAACUCCUGUGGAAAGACCAGCUUUGAGCUGGAGAAGCUGUGCCGGUUCACCAUGUCCGUAAAGAAGAACUACCGCCGUGUGCCCUACCACAACUGGAAGCACGCAGUGACGGUGGCACACUGUAUGUACGCCAUCCUACAGAAAACCUCUGGGAUCUUCACAGAGCUAGAGAAGAAGGGUUUGCUAAUAGCCUGUCUUUGCCAUGAUCUGGACCAUCGGGGGUAUAGCAAUGCCUACCUCCAGAAGUUUGACCAUCCACUGGCUGCUCUGUACUCAACCUCCACCAUGGAGCAGCACCACUUCUCUCAGACUGUUUCUAUCUUGCAGCUGGAAGGGCACAAUAUUUUCUCCAACCUGACUUCCAGCGAGUACGAGCAGGUGCUGGAGAUCAUUCGAAAGGCCAUCAUCGCCACAGACCUCGCCCUCUACUUCAACAACCACCAGCAGCUGUCGGAGAUGCUGACCUCAUGUGCGCUGGAUUUGAACAACCAUUCCCACAGGGACCGUGUGAUUGGUCUGAUGAUGACAGCAUGUGACCUGUGUUCUGUUACCAAGCAGUGGCAAAUCACACGACUCACAGCCAACGACAUCUAUGCUGAGUUUUGGGCUGAGGGAGAUGAGAUGAAGAAGAUUGGGAUCCAGCCGAUCCCUAUGAUGGACAGAGACAAGAAGGACGAGGUUCCCCAAGGCCAAGUGGGAUUCUACAAUGGUGUUGCAGUUCCAUGUUACACGACACUUGCUGAGCUUUUUCCUCCAUCAGGUCCUCUGCUAAAGGCCUGCAAAGAGAACCUGGGCCAGUGGGAGAAAAUAGCAAGGGGAGAGGUGGAGGACAUCGUGCCCAGCCGGCCUUGUGAUUCGGGCCCUGUUAAGGUGGACAACUGACAGACAAAGGAGGGUUGCUUGCUCACCAAAGGAACACAGCCUGAAUCCUGCCGUUGACCCAGACCAUUGAAGGGGAAUGAACCCGCAGUCUGUGUUGGCAGGAGACGGAUUAGAUAAAGGCGACUUGACUUUCAAAACACACACACACAGUUACCUCAUCGGGUGACGGAGGUGUCAACACUGACGGUUUCACCGAUCCCAGAGAGUGACAGACAGUUGUUGGUGAGGGAAUUCAAUCCAUCGCCCUACGUCCACUCAGCUUGGGAAUUCACUUGGUAGAACAGACUUGGUUGCUUUAUUUUGGCUGUAUUAUGUUAUUUUAUUUUAUUUUUUUCAUAUGAGCUGAUUCCAUUAUGGUCUUGUAUUUGCAGAGGCCUUAUUCUGAACCUUUCACAGGCUAGGAUAUGUGAAAUCUUGUUGUCAGUUCAGGCUUUUUUUUUUCUUUUUUUUUUAAAACGGUACUGUUUGCCUUCUGUGUUUGCCGUAUGCGCACUACUUCAGCAAGGUAUUCCCAGAGACAGAAGGAAUGUGUGGAGCAGAUGUAGGGGUGUAAUGCCAUCUCAUUGAGAAGGUGGACACUAGAUUUUUUUUUAUUACUUUUUCAGCAAAAAUCCUUUGCAGUACUUGAAUAAAGACAUACAGCCUAUUCUGCGAGGAGAUGGCAGAAAUCCCCUGCAGUGUAUGCUACAAGCGUGAAUGAACUGUGAUGAGUUACAUAAUGCCGACAUUUGUGAAUACAGUCACAAGAGAGUCACAAUGUUUCCUGAAGUGGACCCCGCAGCCUUUUAGCCCCAAGCGUGUAGAAACCUGCUGCACAGUACAUCAACAUCCUUCGGAUUAACAGGAUCUGACCCCAGAUCAGCAGUCACUGUUUGUAGUACGGAGAUCAGGAAAAAGGAAUGAGCAAGGUUCCCGUUCCAGAUGUUUAUAUUAAGCCAAGACUGCAUACUGCUUAAUUUCCUCUCUCAUUUUUGAAGCCACUAUCACAUCAUCAAUUACUUUGCACAACAAGUUAACUAAAGAAUGACUGUAGGAAGUGGACUGCAUAGUUUGGGAUGUUUUAUCUUCUCUUUUUUUUUUAUAAGCAAGUUUCAUAGAGGCUGAAGUUAACGGCAAACAGUCAUCUGCUUCAUAUUUUCCCAUAAUGUCAAACCUGUUAAGCUAAAGUGAAAUAUGUCCAACUCUGGGAUUGCAAGUGAAGAAUGUAGUUUGACCGUUUGCCGGUGUGUGACUGAAGUUUCCCUCGAAGGAAAUCAAUCAUCCUCUUUUACACUGAUUCUCCAACCUCAUGCUGGGGGUUGGAGGGGGGGGGGCGCACACACAUUUGGACACUUUCACAUGAGUUUCCGAGAUCUUCCAAAAGACAAAUUUAUUUGUCUGAAACUGUCAUUCCAGUGGACAGUGUCCCUCAGAGACUGACACUAUUGCUCCAGUAAUUUGUUAUGCGACUGAUACUGCGGCCCCCGGUGUUGUGAAUGUACAUUUCGAUGAAUGUUUCGUUGGUUGUAGACACUCGGUGGUGGCACGUGGGUAAGCGCGCCAUCAGUUACCACCAUGUGCUCUGUCUUACUUUUCAGAAUUGCUUCCAGUAAGCUUCAACCAAGAGCAACAAUUAGCAUGCACCUAAACCGAACUUUAUAUUCGAACUUUUUGCAUAUAGGUGUAUACUGUGUACAAUCUAGGAUUUAGUUUGUACAGACUGAGAUGUAUGCUCUGAUGGUGCUACUCUGAAUGGCAGUCGCGCACUUUCUGACUGUGUGUGUGAGUGUGUGUGUGCGCAUGUGUGUGUGUAUGUGAGAGACACAGAGAGAGAGCACGAGCAUGAAAGAAAGCUUUGUCUUUUCCCCACUCCAACCCCACCUGACAACAUGAUAAAGUCACUGCACUGUCCCUUCUACUUUUCAGCACCAGUUAUAUCCUAUUGUCUGCACUAUGUUUAGCUUAUCAUUAUUAUUAUUAUUAUUAUUAUUGCUAUUAUUACUAUUGUUAUUUUCUUAAUUAGAGUUAAAUUUAAAUUAACUUAUAUUUUUUAUACAAAGAAAAAUAAUGUUGGCCUUUUUUUGUUUUGUACAAAGUAAACAUUAAGAUAAAUUAAACAGUCUAGACAUGUUACCGUUACCAAGAAUAACUGAGGAAUGUCUUAACUGUACAUGUAAGAGCAGUAGCCCAAAUGACUUUUAAUAAAUACCUGAAAAUACACCUUUGUGCCAGUUUAUUCAUUACCUACAUACCUUUCUUUCUUGGGCCGGGUGGGGGGUCUCACUGUUAAUGCAUCCUGUUUCAAUGAUCAGUAACAAUGCAUCACCCCUGAAUGGUCAGUAGCAACACCCUACUUUUUAAUUGUUCUAAAAAAAAAAUGAAAAAAGAAAAGAACACUUUUUAUUACUUUUGAGUUAUUAGAAAUUUCAGGAAAUUUGUGAAAUAGCCUCUUGUUUGCAGCUAUAAAUAAACUGAAAAGUAGAGUGUUUAUCAUUUAUAGCAUCUAUAGCAUUUCAGUAUCAACACUUUAUGGUAACUCUGUAAUAAUUACUGUAUUUAAUUCACUCUGUAAUAUCACUUUUGCCCUUUGAGCUGGUCAAACAAAUGUAGUAAAAGAAUACGAAAGUCGGCAAAAUCUGAAUGUCAUAAAUGUUUCUUUUAAGAAGAUGAGUUCCUGAGAUCUCCUCUUGGAAUUCUGGGAGUGUGUAUAGUUGUCUUAUUGUCCUUGCACGACAAAGGCUUGCAGCUGACUGAACUAGUUUUGUAAUAAAGCCUCAUCCGCUGCCGUUAUCAUUCAUGUUAACAAUCGAAUUUCUACAAGAUGGCUGCCCAAAACUACAGAUCCAUCACUGUGUUAAACAGUUGGCAGCUGGUGCUAUGGAGGGAGGGAAAGUUUAAGCACAUUUGGAUUGAUGGAGUAAAAAGACAAAAAGAUGACUCACUGUACAAUUCUGUCUUACUUUCAUAUUUUUUCAUAUAAUUAUGUAGUAUCUUUUUGGCGCCAUUGCCUACUGACUAUUAAAAAACAUUUCUUUACAAAUUCUCAGUAAACAAUAUGAACAAUAUUUAAUCUGACUGCAUUCUUCCCACAGAGAUGAUCAAUUUAAAUGUACAUUUUGACUAAGGGAACUUAAAUUACUUAAAUUAAGUCAUUGCUCAGACUAGAGAUGGACUGUGGCAUUUCAUAUGUGAAUAGUCAUUAAAUAAACCUCUAAUGAUAACAUUUUACAUGUUGAGGUAGUGGACAAAAUAAGAAUGCAAAUGAAUGCAAAACGUUGUUGCAACACAACCAUAUUAAUGUACAAUAAAAUACAUUACAGUUUUUUAUUCAUGUUCAAUUUUGCCAUCUGUGUAUUCUGGUGACUUGAACCCUGAGUCCAUGUUUCACUGUUUUUCUCCUACUCCCUCAGGGCCCUGUGUUUAAUGCACAUAAUAACCCACUUAUUACAAAGAACCAGGUGAAGAUGAAGUGAAGAGUUUGAAUAAAGUUUUUACAAGUAACAACAUUUCCCCAUUUCACAAAGACUUGUAUUAAUUUCUCGUUCUGUGCAGGAACAUAUGUAGUAUUUAUUGAAGAGCACUGGAGUUCUUAUCAAAUAAUGAAACGAUUUUUUUAUAGAUGUAAAUGUUUUUAAUAGUUCCCUUCUUUGAAUAUAAGUAAGCGGAUCCCAUAAUUGCGUUAAUGUUUAGAUAUCUAUGAACACAAACUUACUUAACGCAUAGAGUACUCUACAAUCUCACUCCAGCUGUUUUCUUCGUCAGGUCCAGGUGAGGACUAGCGCCUGAAAGCUCACGGGUACGAUUAUUAUCGGGACACUGAACGCAGCACAAACAUUACGCACUUCGAUCACCUUGGCAACCGAGUGAAGCACAGACUGCUGCGGCCAUGAAGAAAGUUUGUUUUCUGUCCUGAGCCUGUCCAAAUUACAGUUAGCUAACAGUUGGCCUUCACAGCCAUGUCCAGCAGUGUGAAGCCAAUGCCUGGGCGCUAUGGGAGUGAUAUCCACAGACUGCUGCUGGCGGCUGAAGCCGGGCAGAAGGCUGAUAUCCUGGCCUACUCCUCGGGUCAUCUGGGGCCUCGCAGACUGAACCAGAGUCAGUCUCAAGAGGAGACAACGUCGGUUUUUUGGAGGAUGUCUCAGAGCCAAGAAGAAA